GAAAAAUAUAACAGAAUACGAACAAAUUAUAAUUGGUUGGAGGAGAGAUCGAAGAAACUCCCACGAGAUGGGCGUGGAAGAAACCGGAGGACCGGCGGCGCCGCUUCUCCCCCAGCCGACUCCUCCGCAGUCAGCGCCGCCAUGCUACGGCGUACCGGUCGCCGCCGCGGCCUUCCAAGAUCCCUACUUCCCUGAUCCUCCAGCGUACGUCCUCCUCCCCGUUUACCCCCGCCGCCGGCGCCAGCGCUGCGGAUGCUUCUCCUGCUGCGGUUCCCUCAUCUCUUCUUCCUCCACCCUCCUCUCGGCUGCCUUCUUCCUCGUCCUCCUCUCCUCCGCCUUCUUCCUCUGGCCCUCCGACCCCGUGGUCACCGUCACCCGCUUCCACCUCGAAGACAUCCGCGUCACCCCGCCGCCUCUCGCAGCCAUCGGCAUCUCCCUGAGGGUCGAUCUCAGGGUCCGCAACCCGGACUUCUUCUCCCUCGACCACCGCUCCAUCGUGGUCUCGAUCGGAUACCGCGGGAGGCCACUUGGCUCCGUCACGGCCAACGGUGGCCACAUUAAGGCGCGGGGGGUCUCGCACGUUCACGCCAAGCUCAAGAUCGACGGGAUCCGGGUGUGGAAUGAUGCCAUCUAUCUGAUCGAGGAUCUUGCAAGGAGAUCGUUGCCUUUGGACACGGUCACUGAGGUCGACGGCAGGAUGCGUCUCUUCUUCGUGGACGUCCCCGUUCAGGGAAAAAUUUCUUGUUUGGUGUCUGUUAAUCCAGAAACCCGGGAACUCAUUAAUCAAGACUGCUACCCUGAGGUAAGUUAUUUGACAAGUGUCACCAAGUAAUCUUAUUGCUUUUAGGACUUCACCUACCAUAGACUUCUGAUGCCAAAUGCCUCCAUGCGAUCCUUGUUCAGUGACUACUGGUAUUUGCAGCAGAGGAUUCAGGUGGAUGGUUCACAAAGUAUUUGUUUCCUAUUUCUGCAUGUGUUUUACAUAGUAUGCGAAGUCAAAACAAAACUUGUUUAUAAGAUAUGAAUUGUAGUCUAGAAAAUUGUAAUCCGUGAACUCGAAAUCUGAACAAUGUGUUUAAGUGAUGGCUUAAUUAA